AAUGUGAGCGGAGACACAGAGUUUAUCAUGACAGCCUGAAGGUGUUCAUGUUUGAAUUCAAGUUUGAUGGAAAACUCUGGUGUGUGGAUGCAUCUCAAGAAGAUGGGUCAUUAGGCAGACUUGUCAACGACAACCACAUCAGUCCAAGUGCUAAGAUGAAAAUAUUAAAUAUCAAUCGAAAGCCCCAUCUAUGCUUAUUUGCAAGCAGAGACAUAAGUCCAGGCGAAGAAAUAGACUAUAAUUAUGGUGACUCGGAUUGGCCCUGGAGAUGCAAGACUGAGACCAGCCAGAUUCAGAAGACUGUGAGCUGCCUAAAGCCGCAACCAAACUGCAUUCCAAACAAUGAUCUGGACCUGAAACAUCCAGAGCCUGAAAGGGAUCUUGAUGAAGAAAUGCCUCAGAAAGUCUCAGAAGCCAUGCAUUCUUCUUCAGCGCAAGAUUCUGAAGAGACUGAGACCAGCCAGAUUCAGAAGACUGUGAGCUGCCUAAAGCCGCAACCAAACUGCAUUCCAAACAAUGAUCUGGACCUGAAACAUCCAGAGCCUGAAAGGGAUCUUGAUGAAGAAAUGCCUCAGCAAGGCUCAGAAGCCAUGCAUUCUUCUUCAGCGCAAGAUUCUGAAGAGACUGAGACCAGCCAGAUUCAGAAGACUGUGAGCUGCCUAAAGCCGCAACCAAACUGCAUUCAAACAAUGAUCUGGACCUGA